UGGUCUCCUCCCCUAACUCCACCUCCCAACCCCAGACGGCCGUCCCCACGUGGCCGCUUGAUCCCUGACUGUGCUGCUCAACUCCCCACCCCCCACCCCAACCCCGGGCUGCAGUUGAGGGUUCCCCUUAGACCACGUGAGGGCUGUUUACAGGAGACGGAAGCACACAGAGAAAGCAGACGCUUCUGGAAAACAACUUGUUUUGGAGCACAGAGUUCUGAAGUCUCUUCCAAUAAGAGCGUUUGUGUGGAAAGGAGCUGGCAAGACUGGAACUACAGCUGUCCUGCUGUAAAGGUUCUGGUACAGCAGCUUGUCUCAGCCUGUCUCCUUUUCGCCCUCCACAUUGCUUUGCUUUCAGUCAUGCAGAAAGAGGAAGAUGUCUGCCUUGAGGCUGGCUACUGUUUGGGUACCACCCUGAGCUCCUGGAGGCUGCAUUUCAUGGAGGAGCAGUCCCAGUCCACCAUGCUGAUGGGGAUUGGAAUUGGCGCCCUCCUUACCCUAGCCUUCGUUGGUAUUACCUUCUUUUUUGUAUACAGAAGAGUGAGAAGAUUACGACGGGCAGAACCCACUCCUCAGUACAGGUUCCGGAAGAGAGACAAAGUAAUGUUUUAUGGCCGGAAGAUCAUGAGGAAGGUGACCACACUCCCCCAUACCUUGGUUGGGAAUACCUCUGCACCCCGGCAGCGAGUCAGGAAGAGGACCAAAGUGCUGUCUUUGGCCAAGAGGAUUCUGCGCUUUAAGAAAGAGUAUCCUACUUUGCAGCCAAAAGAGCCUCCACCCUCCCUGCUUGAGGCCGAUCUUACAGAGUUUGAUGUGAAGAACUCUCAUCUGCCAUCAGAAGUUUUGUACAUGUUGAAAAAUGUUCGGGUCCUAGGCCACUUUGAGAAGCCACUGUUUCUGGAGCUGUGCAAACAUAUGGUCUUCGUGCAGUUACAAGAAGGGGAGCAUGUAUUCCAACCUGGGGAGCCUGACAUCAGCAUCUAUGUGGUCCAGGAUGGACGGCUGGAGGUCUGCAUCCAAGACGCUGAUGGCACCGAGGUGGUGGUCAAAGAGGUCCUGCCAGGGGACAGUGUCCACAGUCUCCUCAGCAUUUUGGAUGUGAUCACCGGUCACACUGCACCAUACAAAACAGUUUCUGCCCGUGCCGCUGUCCCGUCCACCGUGCUCUGGCUUCCUGCAGCAGCUUUUCAAGGAGUGUUUGAGAAAUACCCUGAGACUCUGGUCAGGGUUGUGCAGAUCAUCAUGGUCCGGCUGCAGCGGGUGACUUUCCUGGCUCUGCACAACUACCUGGGGCUGACUACAGAGCUCUUCAACCCUGAGAGCCAAGCCAUCCCUCUCUUGUCAGUAGCAAGUGUGGCUGGACGAGCCAAGAGACAGAUGUCAUAUGGUCCGGAGGAGCAGCUUGAGAGGUCCCUAGGGCCCUCGGAGUUCAGCAGCUCAGAUCAUGGGAGCAGCUGCGCGACAGUCUCUGGGCCUCUGCUGAAGAGGAGCUGCUCAGUGCCUCUGCCUUCUAACCAUGGGGAGGUGGAUGAGCUCAGGCAGUCCCAGGGAAGUGGCUCUAACACUUCUGCCUUCCAAGAAAGCCAUGAGGGGGCCACCUCAGACCUGGGGAUGGCAUACAACCGUGCCAGGAUUUUGCCACACUCUGAUGAGCAACUUGGGAACUCUUUGGCCAGCAAGUCCAAGAAAAGUGUUGUCGCAGAGACCCCCUCUGCCAUCUUCCACUACUCAGAAAAUUUCAGGGAUGAGACUGGGGCCUGUGGGAAGACAGAUGCUAUCUUCAGAGCUGCCACAAAGGACCUCCUUACCCUGAUGAAGCUAGAUGACCCAUCCCUGUUGGAUGGCCGGGUGGCAUUUCUUCAUGUUCCUGCAGGCACCUUAGUGUCAAAACAGGGAGAUCAGGAUGUUAAUAUUUUGUUUGUGGUCUCGGGGAUGCUGCAUGUGUACCAGCAAAAGAUUGACAGCUUGGAGGAUACUUGCCUGUUCCUCACACAUCCCGGGGAGAUGGUGGGUCAGCUGGCGGUGCUCACUGGAGAACCCCUAAUGUUCACCAUCAGAGCCAACCGAGACUGCAGCUUUUUGUCCAUCUCGAAGGCCCACUUCUAUGAGAUCAUGAGGAAACGGCCGGAUGUUGUCCUGGGCGUGGCACACACAGUUGUGAAGAGGAUGUCAUCCUUUGUACGGCAGAUUGAUUUUGCUCUAGACUGGAUGGAAGUAGAGGCUGGACGUGCCAUAUACAGGCAAGGAGACAAGUCUGACUGCACAUACAUCGUCCUCAGUGGCAGGCUGCGUUCUGUCAUCCGAAAAGAUGAUGGGAAAAAACGCCUGGCAGGGGAAUAUGGCCGAGGAGACCUGGUUGGUGUGGUGGAGACACUAACCCACCAGGCCAGAGCAACCACAGUGCAUGCUGUCCGGGACUCAGAACUGGCUAAGCUGCCAGCAGGAGCUCUGACGUCUAUCAAGCGCAGGUACCCACAGGUUGUAACCCGACUGAUUCAUCUCUUGGGCGAGAAGAUCUUAGGCAGUCUCCAGCAGGGAUCUGCAACAGGUCACCAGCUUGGAUUUAACACAGCAAGCAGCAAAUGGGACUUGGGGAACCCGCCUGGCAAUCUGUCCACAGUGGCAGCACUGCCUGCUUCUGAGGAUGUGCCCCUAACUGCCUUUGCUCUGGAGCUCCAACAUGCCCUCAGUGCCAUCGGUCCUGUCCUGCUGCUGACCAGUGACAACAUCAAACAACGCCUGGGUUCCGCUGCUCUAGACAGCAUCCAUGAGUACCGGCUCUCCAGUUGGCUGGGCCAGCAGGAGGACAUCCACCGGAUUGUGCUGUAUCAGGCAGACGGCACACUCACACCGUGGACCCAGCGCUGCAUCCGGCAGGCUGACUGCAUCCUCAUUGUGGGCUUGGGUGAGCAAGAGCCGGCAGUAGGUGAGCUGGAGCAGAUGUUGGAGAGCACAGCUGUGCGUGCCCAGAAGCAGCUAAUCUUGCUGCACAAAGAGGAUGGUCCAGUGCCUUCCCGCACAGUGGAGUGGCUCAACAUGCGAAGUUGGUGUUCUGGCCAUUUGCACCUCUGCUGCCCACGCCGGGUCUUCUCUAAGAGGAGCUUGCCCAAGCUGGUUGAGAUGUAUACACGUGUUUUCCAACGACCACCAGACCGUCAUUCUGAUUUUUCCCGCCUGGCACGGAUGCUGACAGGCAAUGCCAUUGCCUUGGUGCUUGGAGGGGGUGGAGCUAGAGCCAAGUCUACAAGGCUGCCCAGAAGUAACUACGUCCAACCUCCCAACAAUGUGCAUGCGCUGCUCGCUGUGAACACUCGUGGUCCGUGGCUCUGCCUCCGUCUGUCUCUCGCUCUCAUCUUCGUCAUGAGGUCCCAGCACUGUGACAGCCCGUGCUGUGACAGCCCGUGCUGUGCUGGCAGUGGUAUGACAUCAAUGAUGAAGACUAUACUGGACCUGACCUACCCAAUCACAUCUAUGUUCUCUGGCACUGGCUUCAAUAGCAGCAUCAGCAACAUCUUCAAAGACCGGCAGAUUGAGGACCUGUGGCUCCCCUACUUUGCCAUCACUACCGACAUCACAGCCUCUGCCAUGAGGGUUCACACAGAUGGCUCUCUGUGGAGGUAUGUCCGUGCAAGCAUGUCCUUGUCAGGCUAUAUGCCCCCACUCUGUGACCCCAAGGAUGGACACCUGCUGAUGGAUGGUGGUUAUAUCAAUAACCUCCCAGCGGAUGUGGCAAGAUCCAUGGGGGCAAAGGUGGUGAUUGCCAUUGAUGUUGGCAGCCGGGACGAGACGGACCUCACCAACUAUGGCGAUGCCUUGUCUGGAUGGUGGCUGCUUUGGAAACGCUGGAACCCCUUGGCUACAAAAGUCAAGGUGUUGAACAUGGCAGAGAUUCAGACUCGACUGGCCUAUGUGUGCUGCGUCCGGCAGCUGGAGAUGGUGAAGAACAGCGACUACUGUGAGUACCUGAGGCCUCCCAUCGACAGUUACCGCACCCUGGACUUUGGCAAAUUUGAUGAGAUCUGUGAAGUUGGGUAUCAACAUGGGCGGACAGUGUUUGACAUCUGGGUCCGGAGUGGUGUCCUAGAGAAGAUGUUGCAGGACCAGCAGGGGACAAGCAAGAGGAAGGACUGUGGGGUGUUCACCUGCCCCAAUUCCUCCUUCACGGACCUUGCUGAGAUUGUGUCACGGAUUGAGCCGGCCAAGGUGGCUGCAGUGGAUGAUGAGUCUGACUAUCAAACAGAGUAUGAGGAAGAGCUGCCAGUCAUCCCCAAGGAAACAUAUGCUGACUUCCAGAGCACUGGGAUUGAGCUAGACUCUGACUCGGAAUAUGAGCCUUCGAUGUUGCAAGGACCUCCCAGCUUGACUUCCCCAGAACAGUCCUAGGACUCCUUCCCUUGACUCCCUAAUCAAGAUGACAGGGGCCAAGACUGUAACAUCCUUCCUGACUGGAUAAAUAAAUAAAACACCUGGGCCUCACCCUUAGACUGAGGCUGCACCCAUUCCUUAGAGGCUACUUCAGUUGCCUGACAAGAUCAAACUGGAUAAUAUAGCUAUCUGGCUUCUUCCAGAGACAUGGGCUGUGUUAUUGGAGUUGUGGGCCUCUUCACUUCCCUGGCACCCUUGUAUCCCCACAGCAAGACUGAGGAGCACUGACGCCUCUGUGAGGCAUGGGAAUGUGGGAUUGUUGAACUAAUAAACGUCAAUCUGACUGUG